CCUGGAAGGAAACUAACAACAAAUAUACUUCGAUUUACCAAAACGCCGUCGCCUUGAAUUAUGACUUUUAAAGCCGACCGUAGGCAAAGAUGCAAUGGAGGUCAAUAGUACUUGGUCUUCUCGUAUUACGGUUGGUUUUCAGCUGUGUCCUAUGGCUGGCUUUUGGAUUGGGACCUAGCUGGGGCUUCAACUUCCCAAUAAAAUUCAAUUUCAACUUGCACAAAAUCGAACUUGUGAGGGAGAGUGAGAGAGGGUCUUCCAGGAACAAUGCGUGGUCACAGCAAGCCUAUGCCUCCGAAGACCCACACAGGACUUGUGCCAAAAUCAGCGAAAACACGCCAAAGAGAUCCUAUCUGAGCUUCUUUGAGAAUGGCAGGGACGAGUACGAUAGGAAGUACAGUUCCUUCCCAGAUUCACUGAAGUCCAAGAUGAGGGAUAUGGCUAAAGAAAUGUUUUAUUUCGGAUAUGACAACUACAUGAAAUACGCCUUUCCAGAGGACGAGCUCAAUCCAAUUGAUUGCGAAGGGAGAGGACCUGAUGUGCUUAACCCGUCUAACAUCAACAUAAAUGAUGUGUUGGGCAACUAUUCUCUGACUCUUAUCGACACGCUUGAUACUCUCUUGGUGCUAGGGAAUGUGUCAGAGUUUCACCGAGCUGUUAAACUUGUGAUUGACACUGUCUCCUUUGAUAAAGAUUCUACCGUGCAAGUCUUUGAGGCAAAUAUCAGAAUCCUAGGUAGCCUUAUCUCUGCUCACAUUCUUCUGACGGACCAGAGACAUCCGUUUGGCGAUGUGAGUUUUGAUGGCUAUGAUAACGAGCUGCUGCACUUGGCCCAUGACUUGGCUGUCCGCCUGCUCCCCGCCUUUGAGAACACCAACACAGGCAUCCCUUACCCCAGGGUGAACCUGAAGAAUGGCGUUCCUCCCGACAGCAUUAACGAGACGUGUACGGCGGGGGCGGGCUCUCUGCUGGUGGAGUUUGGCAUUCUGAGCCGUCUGAUUGGUGAUUCCACAUUUGAGUGGGUGGCCAGGCGGGCGGUACGGGCACUCUGGAACCUGAGGAGCAAUGAGACAGGCCUUCUGGGGAACGUUGUGAACAUUCAGACGGGGCAGUGGGUCGGGAAGCAGAGCGGACUGGGAGCGGGGAUGGACUCGUUCUAUGAGUACCUGCUCAAAUCCUACAUUUUGUUUGGGGAGAAAGAAGACUACAGCAUGUUCACAGCUGCUUAUGCAAGCAUACAGAACCACCUCAGACGAGGGAGGGAGGCGUGUAACGAGGGAGAAGGUGACCCUCCUCUCUACGUGAACGUGAACAUGUUUAAUGGUCAGAUCAUUAACACGUGGAUCGACUCGCUGCAGGCCUUCUUUCCCGGACUCCAGGUUCUGAUCGGGGACGUGGAGAACGCCAUAUGUCUCCACGCGUUCUACUAUGCAAUCUGGAAGCGUUUCGGGGCUCUGCCCGAGAGAUACAACUGGCAGCUACAGGCACCCGACGUGCUCUUCUACCCUCUGAGACCCGAGCUGGUGGAGUCCACCUAUCUACUGUACCAGGCCACUAAGAAUCCAUUCUACCUGCAUGUUGGGAUGGACAUACUGGAAAGCCUUGAAAAAAAUACCAAAGUCAGGUGUGGCUAUGCUACUCUACACCACGUGGUGGACAAGUCCAAAGAGGAUCGUAUGGAGAGCUUCUUCCUCAGCGAGACCUGCAAAUACCUUUACCUGCUCUUUGACGAGGACAACCCACUGCACAGGUCGGAGAAUAAGUACAUCUUCACCACGGAGGGUCAUGUGGUCCCUAUAGAACAGCGCUUCAGAGAGCGCAGCUGGGCUGAGCUGUUCCCCAGAGAGAGCACAGACACCCACCCCGCGGUUAACAUCAGCAACUGUGAACGGAUCCCUGAGGAGCGACGAUUCUCUUUGCCUCUGAAGAGCGUCUACAUGAGGCAAAUUGAGCACAUGGUUGGGCUGUCAUGAACACCGCCCCACAGAGGCCUGGAGGACCAUACACACCUAAAAAACCCCCUGGAGGGGUUUUACCAAACUGAGAACAGUUUUUUGCUUCUUAUGGUACAAGGAAUUUAAGGAUGUUUUUCUUUUUUUUUCUAAAUGAACAUAAUAGGACAUAAUGUUCCAACAGAACACAUACACAGUUUGUAGUUUGAUUGGGUUAAGACUUUUUUUUUUUUUAACAUUAUUCAGGGGAUGUUUUUUUUGUAUUUGUGUUCAAAGCGAAUGUCUGAUGUUCAACAUAGUGACAUUAUCAGAGGUGUUUACGAGCUUGACUAUUAAUAUUGUUAUUAUUCAGUCCAGUGUGACACUAGUGAAAACUGUUUCAGUGUUGGAAUGAACUGACCUUUGACCUUCGGAAUAAGUGCUAUGUCACGCUCA